GGAUGAUGCUGCGGACAUGCUGCUAUCGUCGGACAGGACGGGGACGUGUCUGGCUGCUCGGUAACCUCGGUCGGUGCUCAGGAAACGAAGCAGCUGCCUCACUAGUAUUCGUACCACGAGGCGACGCAGCGGGCCCUCGGAAAGAGCGAGCGUCGGGGCCAUGGCUUAUCACUCGGGCUACGUAGCCCACGGCUCCAAGCACAGGGCCCGGGCAGCUCCGGAUCCCCCUCCCCUCUUCGAUGACACAAGCGGUGUUUACUCCAGCCAGCCGGGGGGAUACCCAGCCCCAGGAGCCGACGUGGCCUUCAAUGUCAACCACUUGAUUGGGGACCCAGUGGCCAACAUGGCUAUGGCCUAUGGCGGCUCCAUCGCAUCCCAUGGGAAGGACAUGGUGCACAAGGAGCUGCACCGUUUUGUGUCUGUGAACAAACUCAAGUAUUUUUUCGCUGUGGACACAGCCUAUGUGGCCAAGAAGCUAGGGCUACUGGUCUUCCCCUACACACACCAGAACUGGGAAGUGCAGUACAGUCGUGAUGUGCCUUUGCCUCCGCGGCAAGACCUCAACGCCCCCGACCUCUAUAUCCCCACAAUGGCCUUCAUCACCUACGUGCUGCUGGCUGGGAUGGCGCUGGGCAUUCAGAAAAGGUUCUCCCCAGAGGUGCUGGGCCUGUGUGCAAGCACGGCACUGGUGUGGGUUGUGAUGGAGGUGCUAGCUCUGCUCCUGGGCGUCUACCUGGCCACUGUGCGCAGCGACCUGAGCACCUUCCACCUGCUGGCCUACAGCGGCUACAAAUAUGUGGGGAUGAUCCUCAGUGUUCUCACGGGCCUGCUCUUCGGCAGCGAUGGCUACUACGUGGCGCUGGCCUGGACUUCAUCCGCACUCAUGUACUUCAUCCUUCAGCUCUCUCCUUUAUUCCAGGUGCGCUCUUUGCGAACAGCAGCCCUGGGCCCCGACAGCAUGGGGGGCCCGGCCCCCCGGCAACGUCUCCAGCUCUACCUGACUCUGGGAGCUGCAGCCUUUCAGCCCCUCAUGAUAUACUGGCUGACCUUCCACCUGGUCCGGUGACCCCCGGUCCCCACUGGCACUGAUUUUUACAUACAUUGAAGAUUUGGUUUCCUUGA